GAUGUUUAUUUAUUUUCAUUUAUUUUCCUUAACGAUAAAAUAUAGGUUAUAAGUUAGAUUUGUAUGAUUCUUAAUAAAUUUCUGUAUAUUUAUGGAUUUUAGUGAAGACAUGACCAAAUACUGAGGGUCAACAGUUAUGGUAUCUCCUUCAAGUGCAGGAUGCCCCAAUUGAAGAUUCAGAUACAUUAAAACAUGGGUUAGGUAUCACCGAGAUAAAUAACUGGAGCGUGGCAUGGUGCUAUGUGGUAAACCAGUUGAAAGGACAAGGAAAACAUGUUCACACCUAAGAUACGGCCUCAAGUGCCACCGAAGCCUAAGAAGCGGCCUGAAGUGCCACCGAAGCCAAAGAUACGGCCUGAAGUGCCACCGAAACCUCAGAAGCGGUGUGCAGUGCCACCGGAGCUUAAGAUAUGGCCUGAAGUGCCACCGAAGCCUAAGAUACGGCCUGAAGUGCCACCGAAACCUCAGAAGCGGCAUGAAGUGCCACCGGAGCCUCAGAUAUGGUCUCAAGUGCCACCGGAGCCCAAGAUAUGGCCUGAAGUGCCACCGAAGCUUAAGAUACGGCCUCAAGUGCCACCGAAACCUCAGAAGCGGCAUGAAGUGACUCCGGAGCCUAAGAUAUGGCCUGAAUUGCCACCGGAGCCUCAGAUAUGGUCUGAAGUGCCAACGAAGCCUAAGAUACGGCCUCAAGUGCCACCGAAACAUCAGAAGCGGCAUGAAGUGACUCCGGAGCCUAAGAUAUGGCCUGAAUUGCCACCGGAGCCUCAGAUAUGGUCUGAAGUGCCAACGAAGCCUAAGAUACGGCCUCAAGUGCCACCGAAAACUCAGAAGCGGCAUGAAGUGAUUCCGGAGCCUAUGAUAUGGCCGGAAGUGCAACCAGAGCCUAAGAUACGGCCUCAAGUGUCACCGGAGCCUAAGAUAUGGCCUCAAGUGCCACUGAAGCCUAAGAUAUGGCCUGAAGUGCCUCUGGAACCUCAGAAGCGGCAUGAAGUGCGUCCGGAGCCUGUCAGGCAGGUUCGAGAUGAAGUCCAAGAACCGGAGAGUUGCACGUUCACAGUAGAAGUAAGUGGAUGCCAGUUGAAAGUGCUCGGCAUGCCCCACGAUGGUAACUCGCUGUUCACUGCACUCGCUCAUCAGUUUUAUGGAGCCUUACCAGGGCAGCGAAAAAUGAAAAUGGCUGCUAGAACUUUGCGCUCAGACGCGGUCCAUCAGCUCAAGAAAUAUAAGAGGAAAUACUGGGAUGAUAUAUCGAAAGACCUCGACAAUCACCUGACCAGGUACGGCGACGAGCCGGUGGACGAGGCCAUGAUGGGAGACUACCUCUGCGACCUGGAGCAGGACGGCUUCCCCGCCGGGGUCGCCGCCAUGCAGGCGCUGGCAGACUUCAGAAGCUUCCACAUCCGCUUCUACGCGGCGGACGCCGGCGAGGGGUACAUCUUCAGCGAGUGCCCGCACGAGAACUCCCGGACCAAGGUGCUGUACGUGCACAAGCUCUGGGACCAGGACCAGGACGGCGACGAGGAGUUCCAAUUCGACAGCGUGCUCGAGGUCACGCCCUUGGACUCCCGCUGCACACCGGUGGCGUAAAACUACUUUGGUGCUUCCUAGCGCUGCAGACAGGUGGUGGAAAACUACUUUGGUUCUUCCUAGCGCUGCAGACCGGCGGCGGAAAACUACUUUGGUGCUUCCUAGCGCUGCAGACCGGCGGUGGAAAACUACAUUGGUGCUUCCUAGCUUGUCUCGUUGUGCCUGGGAUAUACAUCCUGUAUAGCGAGAAAGAACGAACCCAACAAUUAUCAUGACUUUUUAUUAAAGUUUAAGACUUCUAAUGAAACGGCCAUCGUGAAUUGUAACUUUUUAAACAGGCAUAUAAUAUCAUGCAUAUAAAAUAUUCGAUGCUAUAUACAAUAUUAUGUGUAAUGUUUACGUAAAACUAUUGAUGCAUGAUGAUGAAAAUCAACAUAUCAACCGUCUGAAGAAGGGUGUACAUGGAUGGAAUGGGGCACACACUCAUAGCCGGCUGCCCGAACUGAGGGACAGACCUGCUGCUCCGAACAGCCUAUAGAAUGCGUGAGGUGAGAUGAUAUGGGGUAUGCAGCAGCAACUGAAUGCUUUCUUAAGAGGGGGGGAGGUUAAGUAGCAUAUGAAUGUAUUUCCGGACACAGGUUACAGACUGUAGUGUGUGGAGCUGACUGCCCUGACAGCACGGCCGGCAUUUCGGUGUCAAAUUUUCUCAAAUUUCUUCAAAAAUGACUAAAAAUUUCUCAAAAUUCCUAGAAAUUCCAUUCUCAGGAUUUUCAAGAUUAAUGGUGACAGGGGUCAAAAAGGAUAAGACACGAAAUGGGCCUUCAAACGUUGGACGUAACUUGCUGAAGACGAAAUCUACCGUCCUACUUAGAGUAACUUUAUGGCACACCACUAGAUCAUCCUUUUUGAUGUCUGAUUCUAUCCUGUCCUUAUUGUAUCUUUUGGCCAUCAACGUAUGCUCUUUCUCCAAAGCUAACUCAGUCUCGUUCCAUACCUCUUUCAACUAUUAACCGGCACUCUCGAAACAAUCCGGCGGGAUCCUCCACACACUUAGCAAGGGAUGAGGCAAUUCUCGUCCAAACAUGGCCACGCUUACCAGUCACCCCAUGAGCUACAGAGUUUAGUGCCACAUAAAGCUAAGGAAGCUCAGUAUCCCAUUCCCUUUGGUUGUUCUUGUGAAAUAUAGUCAAGGCCACCUUCACUGACUUGUUAACACGCUCUAUCAAGUUUGUAAAGGGGUAGUAUGGGCAGGUGUGCACCUGUUUGAUGCCCCAUUGGAAGAACAUAUUCUUCAUCGUUGUGGAAAUGAAAUAGGUGGCAUUAUCUGUAAUCAAUUAUUCGGGGCUACCGAAGAUUUUCCAAAUAUCGUUCUCUAGUUUUGAACUAACAGAGGUUGCCUUCAUGUCUCUUAGUGGCAGUAAAAUCACAUAGCGAGAGAAAGCAUCAACUCAAAACAAGAUGCAAUUCUGCCCCCGACUGGAACGAGGCAACGGCUCUAAGAUGUCAAUAAAUAUCCUCUCCCAAAUAAUUUGGGGUGUUUGCACGGAAUAUAUACCCACUUUGGUUUUCCUUGGCUGUUUGGAUACCUGGCACUCAUUAAACUUACGAAUAUACUCUUUCACAUCUACCUGCAUAUUUUCCCAGAAGAACUUCUGUCUGAUUUUACUCUCAGUCUUGGCUAUCCCCUUGUGCGCACCUACAGUGGAGUCGUAAUAGUAACGAAGCUAACACUUCCCUCACAGCCUUCGGCACCCAGACACUCUUCUUGCCUCUUUGAUUUACCUUAUGGAUAAUCCCCUUAUAAAGCUCAAAGACUUGGCAACCUCCUGAAAGAAUUUUGUUCCUAAGAACCUGGCCCUAGUCGUCUUCUUGUUGCCACCUCUCGAUGACGAUGAAGGAUUCCGAGAUAGUGUGUAUUGCCAUGCACACUUCUCCUGGACUUGCUUACUCUACCCUCUCUACUUCGAACUCUCCAUGUUCCAUACAUCCUCGAGAGGGCAUCGGACACCCCAUUGUCACUUCCCUUGACAUGCGAGACGUUUAAUCUAAACCAGGAAAGACGCAUGAUCCACCGACCAACCUUCCCUAGCUGUUUCGGGUGAGAGAACAGCCAGGUACAGGCAUAAUUAUCCGUGAGCAGAUUGAACUCUGCAUGUUCCAGGUAAUUAGCAAAAUACUCCAUCCCAAAAAUUUAGGCUAAUGCCUCCUUCUCAUAAGUGUUAUAUGUUUGUUCGCAGUGGGUAAGGGUUCAACUAGCAUGGGCUAUCGGCUUCAUGUUACCUUCCUCUCCCUGCAGAAGCACCGCUCCUAAAGCCACACUAGUGGCAUCAUCUUGCAGCGUGAAGAUCUUCUCCAAAUCAGGCAAACAAUGCACAGGAGGGUUGAGAUAGCAUACUUGAGGUCUUCGAAUGAGUUUUUUUUUGUACACUUCCCCAUUCGAAUUCCACCUCUUUCUUCAUCAGCCUGUUCAGCGAUGCACAUCGCUCAGCAUAAUUGCGGAUGAACUCAGGAAAAUGCUAUAGUUCACAACAAUCUCGUUCCUUCGUCUCUUAGUCAUGUCUCUCGUUCGACAUGACAAAAGAAUACCGCGUCGGGUGCAAACCUGACAAAAAAUUUCUCGAUAAUACCAGACUCGGAAAACGAAAGUCCCUACUCCACACUCAAAGUUAGAAUAGGCACGCUGCGAGUGCCAACCUGGCAGAGACCUCCCACAGGGACACUAGGAACCAAGUCACGCGGCAAGUACAUCAUUGCACCGCCAGAAUGCGUGCAGGUUCACUUAUCCGCGUGCGGACGGAGAAAACCGAUACACCAACAAAUGUGGCACUCUAAAGGAGUGUCACAUGAUAACUAAACUCCAUUGUUACUGUAUCUUGUAGGGGUCUUUGUGUGUAUUGAGAUCUACAUGUCUUGAUAUAAUUAAUUAUUUUAAUAAAAUGGUAUAGUUAU